AUGUUCAGUACAGGACCCGCUGCUGGACAGGGCUUGCGAGAUGCCCAGCAGCCUGAGAAGCCCCCGAAGCGGCCACGUUUUGGGGAGCCUCAGAAGUUCCUCCCUGUGGCUUUCGCGGCGAGCACGAUCGCUGGUCUCUAUUUGACCUACAUGUCUCAUCACAUUGCGCCACUGUUGUUGACAGGGGACCCUGGCGCACAGUACGGCAUGCAGGCCGAGGAAGAUCUUCUCGCCAGACGCCGGGGGCGGUGGCAGUGCCUCUGGUUCCACGUCCUCACGGCUCUCCUCGUGGCCUGCUACGUGCGGAGCGUCCUGGUCCACCCUGGCGAGAUCCCCGACAACGACUCGCAGUGGGAGUACGGGCAGGACGGCCGCUCGGGCUUCGACUUCUCGCAGGUCACCCAGGAGGUGAAGAAGACGGGCGAGCGGCGGCACUGCAAGUGGUGCGGCAAGUACAAGCCGGACAGGUGCCACCACUGCCGGGUCUGCAAGACGUGCAUCCUCAAGAUGGACCACCACUGCCCGUGGAUCUACAACUGCGUCGGGAUGAAGAACUACAAGCAUUUUUUCUUGCUGCUCUUGUACACGGUGCUGGACACCCAGCUAAUCCUGUGGACGAUGGCCGAAUCUGUCAAGAGGUGCAUCGAUGAGCCCAGCACGCCAUUUGUAACAAUGUUCACGACUUUCUUCGGAUGGACCCUGAACCUUUUCCUGACAGUUUUGCUCACAGCUUUCUUCGGCUUCCACAUCUGGCUGAUGCUGAAGGCCAUGACCACCAUAGAGUUCUGCGAAAAGUCUGGCGCCAAGGACAGCAACCGCAGAUACGCCUCCUCCGUGUACGACCUGGGGCUAUCUGGCAACGUGCGCGCAGUGCUGGGCGACAACGUGCUCCUGUGGCUCCUUCCCUGCGGCGGGAAGCAGGGGGACGGGCUCCACUUUGUGUCCGACGAGAGCCGCCUGAGCAGGGACAUUGCGACUGGCAAGGGCAUCCGCCGCAAGGGCCACCAGACGGCACAGCGCGCACAGCGGCAGGACGAGGGUGGCGGCUCCCACUACUUCUACGGGGGCGGCUCGCCGUACGGCAGCCCCCAGGCGCCGCACUGA